AUGGCCCCAAAAUGAGAGGGUUUUACCCCGGCUGCCAACCUGGUGACGGCGUGUCUGCGCAGGAUCCUGCUGCACAGGGACCCCAUGGGUGCCGUGGCUCACGCGCAGGAGGUGAUCUCAGACCUGCUCUGUAACCGCAUCGACAUCUCCCAGCUCGUCAUCACCAAGGAGCUGACGCGCGCCGCCAGCGCCUACAGCGCCCCGCAGGCUCACGUGGCUCUGGCCGAGAGGCUGCGGCGCAGGGACCCCGGCAGCGCCCCCUCGCUCGGGGACCGCGUCCCGUACGUCAUCGUCAGCGGCGCCCGCGGCCAGGCCGCCUACACCCGCUCAGAG